AUGAUUCCCGAACACUUCCUAAACACUCACUUCGUUGAGGUAAAACAGGAAAACUUAGACGAAUAUCUCUCCGCCCGAGGUGUUCCAUGGCUCGUUCGUAAAAUGAUUUCUGGAAAAAUGCAGAAAGGACGUUUUCUCAUAAAACGUGAUGGAGACGAAUACAUCUACGACACUGGAAAUGCGGCUCGAGAUCUGCAAUAUAGGUUUAAACUCGGCGAAACAUUCACGGAUACCGGAUACGAUGGAAAACAGCAUAAGAUAACCAUAAGUGUGGAUGGUGACAAACUGAAAGAGGUUCACUUCAAUCUGGAACGAGACGUAGGAGGUGAAGAUGUGUUCUACUAUUCCAUUCAAAACGGGAAUCUAAUUUCGACAUGUGAGGCAAAGUCGAAUGGCAACAGUGUCAUAUGGAAGAGAGAGUUUGCAAAGAAGAUUUGA